UUUUAAUUAAACACGUUUCCAAAAAUAUUCGCACACAAUUCCCUCUCCGGAAAAAGCAAAAUCGUGUACUGUUUGUUUCUCUGAAAAAUCCGAUCACUUAGUUUUCGCGCUCCGUUUCAAAACCCUAGCUGUUCAAUCAUCGCUUUUCUCACUACAUUUCGACGAUCGCCGCUUUGUUUCGCAAUUCAAUUCCGAUUUCUGGUUCAAUUGUUUUCAAUUCAGGGAGUGAAUGCUAGAAAUUGGAGGAUGAACGAUGCGGGCGCUGCGUGGCGGAGUGGGGAGAGGUAAGCAGAAGCGGCAGGACCAGCCAGUGGCGUAUGAGGGCGACAAGAACGUCGGCGAUAAUCAGAAUCAGGAUAGUGAGAAAAGAGGGAAGCCGGAGGGGGAAAACGCAGCGAUAGCUACGCGUACGAGGAGGAGGAAAGCGGCGGCGGCGGCAGCGGCAGCGGCAGCGGCGGCGGCAGCGGCGGCGGCAGCGGCGGCGGUUGAAGUGAAGGUGGUUGAAGAGGAUAAGCUGGUUCCGGAGGACGAGAGGGAGGAGGUCGGAGAGAAAGCAAUGGAUAGCGGCGGCAAAAGCCCAGAGAGGGGAAAUGUGGGUGAUGAUGAAUUACCCUCCACGCCCCUUCCUGAGAAGGUUCAGGUUGGUGGUUCACCAACAUACAGACUUGAAAAAAAGCUGGGAAAGGGAGGUUUUGGACAAGUGUAUGUUGGUCGCCGCAUCACUGGUGGUAACAUUCAUGUAAGGACGGGUCCUGGAGCUAUAGAGGUGGCCUUAAAAUUUGAACAUCGCAACAGUAAAGGAUGUACCCAUGGUCCACCUCAUGAGUGGCAAGUUUACAAUACUUUAGGAGGAAGCCACGGUGUUCCACAUGUCCACUACAAAGGCCGACAAGGUGAAUAUUAUAUCAUGGUAAUGGACAUUCUCGGACCAAGCCUGUGGGAUAUAUGCAAUAAUAAUUCUCAGAUUAAUAUGCCUAUGUCGGUUGAAAUGGUGGCUUGCAUUGCCAUCGAAUCAAUUUCAAUAUUAGAGAAAAUUCAUGCCAGAGGGUAUGUUCAUGGGGAUGUGAAGCCUGAGAACUUAUUGCUUGGUGCUGUAGGAAGUCCUGAUGAAAAAAAGUUAUUCCUGGUUGAUCUUGGUUUAGCUACUAGAUGGAGAGAUGGAAAUACUGGCCUGCAUAUUGAAUAUGAUCAACGCCCGGAUAUUUUCAGGGGUACUGUUCGGUAUGCCAGUGUUCAUGCUCAUUUAGGUAGAGCAGAGAGUCGGAGGGAUGAUUUAGAAUCUCUUGUUUAUACACUGGUCUUUCUUUUGCGAGGACGUCUGCCUUGGCAAGGAUUGCAGGGUGAAAAUAAAGGAUUUCUCGUUUGCAAGACGAAAAUGGCGACAUCGCCAGAAGCGCUUUGCUGCUUCUUUCCACAGCCUUUCAAAUCGUUUGUGGAAUAUGUGGUAAAUUUGAAGUUUGACGAGGAACCUAAUUAUGCAAAAUGUAUCUCUCUCUUUGAUGGAUUAGUUGGACCAAAUCCAGAUAUCAGACCUAUCAAAACUGAGGGUGCACAGAAGCUUAUAUAUCAGGUAGGUCAAAAACGAGGUAGGCUGCCUUUUGAAGAUGAGGAAGAUAAACAGCCUAACAAGAAAGUCCGACUGGGGUCGCCUGCAUUACAGUGGAUUAGCAUUUAUAAUGCUCGUAAACCUUUGAAACAAAGAUAUCACUUUAAUGUGACGGAUGCAAGGCUUUCCCAGAUUGUUGCUAAGGGGAACAGAGAUGGCUUAUUCAUCAGUUGCAUAGCAUCUUGCCAAAAUUUGUGGGCAUUGGUAAUGGAUGCCGGUACAGGCUUCACCUCUCAAAUAUAUCAACUGUCGCCUUUCUUUCUUGACAAGGAAUGGAUAAUAAAACAAUGGGAAAAGAAGUUCUACAUCAGUGCAAUCGCAGGAGCUACCAACGGUAGUUCCUUGGUUGUUAUGUCAAAAGGGACUCGUUAUGUGCAACAAUCCUACAAGGUCAGCGAGUCAUUUCCGUUCAAGUGGAUAAGCAAAAAGUGGAGCGAAGGUUUCUCCGUGACCUCCAUGGCUACAUCAGAGUUUAAAUGGGCUGUGGUUAUGACUCGUGGUGCUGGAUUUUCGAAACAGGUUGUGGAGCUUGAUUUUCACUAUCCGAGCGAGGGUAUCCACCAACGUUGGGAGCAGGGAUACCGUAUAACUGCAACUGCAGCAACUCCUGACCAGGCAGCUUUUAUCCUAAGUAUACCGAGAAGAACGCCGGUGGAUGAAUCACAGGAGACGCUGCGUACAACCACGUUUCCGGCCACACAUGUCAAGGAAAAAUGGGAGAAAAAUCUGUUCAUCGCGUCAGUUUGCUAUGGGCGUACAGUUUCGUAAAGGGCACGACGCAUGAGGUUGAACCGGUACAGUUUCGUAAAGGGCGCGACGCAUGAGGUUGAACCGAACGGCGUGAACAUCGGAACCACGCAAGGAGUUUUGCGGCAAUUAGGGGCAGUACAGAAGGUAGUGUUAGGAUCUUUUGUAGGUUUGUUUUGCAUAAAGUAGACUAACUAAUGUCUUGUUUUUUUGUCAUAAUCUUUUGUCAAUAAAUGUGUCUAAAGUCCCCUUUAACAAGUGUUCUAGUUUUUUGCCAUUGCAAACUAACCAAUUAAAGCCAUUACUAUUUUCUUCA